AUGGCUUUUUCUUCAGUUGACGAAUUAACGGCGCGUCUCGAAAAGUUGGAUCAAAAUAUUACCUUGACACUUCAGGAAAUAGAUAACAACUUUUCCACGUGUCAACAUGUCGUUACUACCAAGAUAUUACCACAGAUAUCCCGAUUUGCGGAAGUUUCAGAAGACAUUUGGGAAAAUUCAAAGUUAUGGUGGUCUUUUCUAGAGUCACUGGAUUUAUCGUCUUCGAAUGAUAGCACUUCGCCGGUUUCCAUGGAAUAUAUUAAUUCAAAAAAAAAACUUUUUGAAGCCAACUCGGAUUCAAAAACAAAUAAAAGCUCGGUGAACUCUGUUGACCUCUCCAAAAGGCGUGUCAUUCCACUAAAAUUGGAGCCCCAAACCGCCGAAAGUAUAAUUAAUUCAAACAAAAGAAAAUUUGUUGAUGACAACAACCCAUUGAUAUCUGAAGACAGCAGAACCACGAGUACUCCCCCUACUCUUCCUCCUUUUUUGAAUAGCUACAAUUCCGUUACGUCGACUCCAUUACCAAAUCCACCUCAAUAUGCCCAUAAGGCUAUGCAAUCACUAAACUGGGAAAACAAUAUUUCUCGCACUACCGCAUCAACUUCAAUCUCCUUGCCAACUAUACCUCCAUCAGACAAUCUCAAACCGAAACCAACUACACUGAUAGAACGCGUGAUGCAAAGACAAAACUUUAUAAACAAAACACCGAUGAAACCUACGAAGGAAGUCAGUGAGACCGCGAAGGGAACGGUUACACCUCGCCCCGGACCCGCCCAUCCCGGAUUUCCAUCAUCAGCGACGGGUACUGAUAGUGAUUUUGAUUUUACCGACUUCUCCCCACCAGUCACAAUUCAGUUUUCAAUGGCGCCAUCGAAAAUCCUAAAAACCCCGGCCAAACAAGCCGCUAAAAUAAUAGUGGACGACCUCUUGAGCAUGAUGAGUCCCAUACCAUCAACUCCAAUUAGUACAAAUAAGGACAAUCAUUAUUUUAACAAAUCUCUGAACACAUUUUCUUCGGUAUUCAAUUCGGAACUUGGUUAUGAUAUCUACAAAAAGUACCACAUCUCUUCAUCACCGAACGCCGAGAAAUUAGAUCAACCGGCUCCCGUAGGUGAUGCAGAUAGAUUGUCAAAGUAUCCACCCCGAGAUAACCUAACUACGUCACCAGUUAACACGCUCACCAACAACAUACGAGAAAUCAAGGGAUCAGAAAACUCAAUUACGAAUAUCGAGAAUCCCUUCAAUAUAAUAAAAAAUAACAAGGAAGAGGUUUAUCCAAGUGAUGACAACGACGACGAUGUAUUAGUAGACGAUACAUUCUUUGAUGUUAAAGCUGCAGCACUUCGCAGACAACAAAAGCAGCGGCAACAACCACCAACGGGUGAAGAAACGCGAAUCUUGUCGUGUAACAUGCGAACUUUGUCAUUAGACGAUGGUGAUGAAAGUGAAGAUGAUGAAGUCAUGGACUCACCCUGUCCAUCUGGACCCGUCAUGAGAACUGAGACACAAAUCGAUGGGUAA